UAACUUCUUGAGACUUGUCAUUUUUCCUACAUGUGUACUAAACUUAUGCUUCAAUAGUGUGCAGCAUAGUGUCAUACAUUGUUGUGUCAGUGCAUCACGUCGUUUACAAUUAGUUAGAAAAUAUAAGUUUUUUCGGGGAUAGUGGGCGUUCCAUUCCGGUUUUCGUGAUCGUUCGCGGAUAACAUUAGAUCGUCUCAACCGCCCCUUCGUCCCGCCGUUGGUUGCUAUUAAAUAGACAGGUAAUUAAUGAGCCUGGCGAGCAGUCGCGGCGACUCCGCUCCAGAUGCAACCGUUCGAGAUGCUCCACAAAAUGACGGAUUCCAAGUAUUUUACUACUACAAAAAAGGGAGAGAUAUUUGAGCUCAAAUCAGAACUGAACAAUGAGAAGAAAGAAAAGAAGAAGGAAGCUGUAAAAAAGGUGAUUGCUUCCAUGACAGUAGGAAAAGAUGUGUCGGCAUUGUUCCCUGAUGUGGUGAAUUGCAUGCAGACCGACAAUCUGGAGCUGAAGAAGUUGGUGUAUCUGUACCUGAUGAACUAUGCCAAGAGCCAACCAGACAUGGCCAUCAUGGCAGUCAACACAUUUGUCAAGGAGCUAGCGACAUCUCCGAUGACAAAGGACUGCGAGGACCCAAACCCGCUGAUUCGCGCGCUAGCAGUUCGCACGAUGGGCUGUAUACGCGUCGACAAGAUAACGGAGUAUCUAUGCGAGCCGCUGCGUAAGUGCCUGAAGGACGAGGACCCAUAUGUGCGCAAGACCGCAGCCGUGUGCGUCGCGAAACUUUAUGACAUUAACGCAGCCUUAGUCGAGGACCAAGGAUUUCUGGACCAAUUGAAAGAUCUUCUGUCCGACAGCAACCCGAUGGUGGUCGCAAAUGCGGUGGCUGCACUAUCCGAGAUCAACGAAGCUAGUCCGAAUGGUCAACCGUUGGUGGAGAUGAACGCGCAGACGAUAAACAAAUUACUGACGGCGCUCAAUGAAUGUACGGAAUGGGGUCAGGUUUUCAUCCUGGAUUCAUUGGCGAAUUAUUCGCCCAAAGACGAUCGCGAGGCGCAAAGUAUUUGCGAACGAAUCACUCCUCGUCUGGCACACGCUAACGCUGCAGUCGUGCUUUCCGCUGUCAAAGUAUUGAUGAAACUCAUGGAAAUGCUGCAAUCCGAGUCAGAUUUCGUCGGUACGCUCACGAAGAAAUUGGCGCCGCCUCUGGUCACAUUAUUGAGCUCCGAACCGGAGGUUCAAUACGUCGCAUUGAGAAAUAUCAAUCUCAUCGUGCAAAAGCGACCCGAUAUUCUGAAACACGAGAUGAAAGUAUUCUUUGUCAAGUACAAUGAUCCGAUAUAUGUGAAACUGGAGAAGUUGGAUAUUAUGAUCCGUUUAGCAUCGCAAGCUAAUAUUGCGCAGGUCUUGUCUGAGCUGAAGGAAUACGCUACCGAAGUUGAUGUAGAUUUUGUGAGAAAGGCUGUGAGGGCUAUCGGUCGCUGCGCCAUAAAAGUCGAGCCGUCCGCGGAGCGUUGCGUCUCUACGUUGCUAGAUCUGAUUCAAACUAAGGUAAACUACGUCGUUCAAGAAGCGAUUGUAGUGAUAAAGGAUAUCUUCCGCAAGUAUCCUAACAAGUAUGAGAGCAUAAUUUCAACUCUGUGCGAAAAUCUGGACACGCUUGACGAGCCUGAAGCCCGUGCGUCUAUGAUUUGGAUUAUUGGCGAAUAUGCGGAACGUAUUGACAACGCGGAUGAGUUACUGGAGAGCUUCCUUGAGGGAUUCCAUGAUGAGAAUACGCAAGUGCAACUGCAACUGCUCACAGCGAUCGUGAAACUGUUCCUCAAGAGACCUACGGAUACGCAGGAAUUGGUUCAGCAAGUGCUCAGUUUAGCGACACAGGAUUCCGACAAUCCCGAUUUGCGAGAUCGCGGCUUUAUCUACUGGCGAUUACUCAGCACCGAUCCAGCGGCAGCUAAGGAGGUGGUGCUCGCGGAGAAACCUCUCAUCUCGGAGGAGACGGAUCUAUUAGAACCGACGUUGUUGGAUGAAUUGAUUUGCCAUAUCUCGAGUUUAGCGUCCGUGUACCAUAAACCUCCCACAGCAUUUGUAGAGGGCAGAGCCGCAGGCACCAGGAAAUCAUUGCCGGCUAGAAGCAAUUCGAACGAGGAUUCUAAUCGCGCAACCACACAGUCUCACGCACAAGUUAUACCCGCUCAGGACUCCCUGAUAGGUGAUCUUCUCAGCAUGGACAUCGGUGGACCGGCGAUAGUUCCAUCGGUACCUGCUCCACAGUCCACGGGAUUAGGACUGGAUCUUCUCGGAGGCGGUUUAGAUGGAAUUCUGAGCAACACCGAUCACACGAACCCUGCGCCAGUCGUUUCCCAAAGUACAACGGGUCUCCUCGGCGAUAUAUUCGGCUUCAACCAAGGUCCCACAUCUUACAUACCUCCUAAGAUUAAUUGGCUACCAGCCGAAAAGGGCAAGGGUUUUGAUAUCUGGGGCACUUUCUCGAGAAAGAACGGGCAAAUUAGCAUGGACAUGACUUUCACGAAUAAGGCAAUGCAACCUAUGGGAGGAUUCGCGAUACAGCUCAAUAAGAAUAGUUUCGGACUGACGCCGGCGGCCCCCUUGCAAGUACCAGCUCCUCUCAAUCCCGGAGCGAGUAUAGAAGCGAGCAUUAUAUUGUCCACUGCGGGCGCGGUGCAACGCAUGGAACCCUUGAACAAUCUUCAAGUUGCUAUCAAAAACAACAUCGACGUUUUCUAUUUCGCGUGUAUAGUACCCAUGAAUGUAUACUUCGUGGAAGAUGGCCAAUUAGAUAAAAGAGUAUUUCUUUCGACUUGGAAAGACAUACCUGCACAAAAUGAGGUACAAUAUACGCUAAAUGGAGUAAUAUUGACUGCGGAUCAAGUUGUGCAAAAAAUGCAACAAAACAAUGUCUUUACAAUUGCCAAGAGGAACGUGGAAGGGCAAGAUAUGCUUUAUCAAUCUCUCAAAUUGACAAACAAUGUCUGGGUGUUAAACGAGUUGAAAAUUCAGCCAGGCAACCCUGAUGUUACGCUAUCCCUGAAAUCUCGGUCUGUAGAAGUUGCUUCUGGAGUAUUUCAAGCAUAUAACGCAAUCUUACAUUCUUAAGAUUUUUUUCAUAAAUUUAGGAUAUUGCCAUAUAAUAUACGAAUUAUAAGACAUAACGCAAGCAUGCGCAGCAGCUUAUUUCUAGAAGCUAUCUAUGUUACAUCCACGUAUUGUGCAUGAGAUUCGAAUAUCCUGAAACACAGUGCUAUAGAAAUUUCUCUUCUUCCUUCUUUGUUGCAAAUUAUUGAAUUUAUUAUCAAAACAAUCACGAAUGUGUAUGGAAAUAAAA